AUGGAGCUCCAAGACAACGAUGCGUCCGACAGGUACAAGCUAGUGAUCAAACUCCAGGGCCGGGGCAAUUCCAUGAAAACCAAAGUCGACAACAUAGCCGAGGUGUGCAAAGCUCUGGGACGCUCGCCGGCGCUGGUGACGAGGUUCUUUGGCUGCGAGCUCGGGGUGCUUUCGAGCUACAGCGACGACACCAACACCGCCAUCGUCAAUGGCUCCCACGACACAGAGAAGCUGGCAAAACUCCUCGACAAAUUCAUUGCUAAGUAUGUGCUGUGCUACGAGUGCAAGAAUCCAGAGACGGAGUUAAAGUUCUACUGUGGCGGUGGUGGCGCCGCUAAGAAAGCUACCAAGGUGGCAAAGGGGCCGAGCAAGAAGAACGCUCCAGUGGUGAUGGCGAAGAACGGCGAUGAAGACGAUCAAGAGGAUGACGAUGGAGUGGAGUGGCAAACCGAUCCUUCGAAGGAAGCGGCCCAAGAACGCUUGAAAGAGCAGCUUAGCUCUAACCUUGGAUGGUCGGCACCGGCGCUCCUCUCCUUCCUAGCCUGGCUAAAAGGCCGCGCGAUUUUCUCGUCGAUCGAGCACGAUCGCCGCCCAGCGCGGCCACCAGGUCUGUUCUUCGCUCUCGAUUUGGGAAUGCCGGCGAUCUUUUUCUCGAUUCCACAUCCUAACCGAGGGCUUCGCCAAUGCAGUGUGAGAUUUCCGGAGGAGCUGCAGUUCUCCCGCCUGGCGGCGGCAUCAUGGACUCGAUUUUCGCGGAUCGGGCUGUAUCGCUCAUCGCAGCACUGCUCCUGGCGGCAUGAAAGAAGUGAGUGGGAAAUGUAG